AUGCUUGAUAUGAAAGAUGACUGGACGUCAAAACCAUGGGGUGUGACAGAGGAGAUGUGGAGGCGGAAAGCCAAAAGUCUGGAAGAUCAGUACCAGCAACUCUUGUCGGAUCAUCAAGACUUGCGCCUUGAAAAAGCUAAAAUGAUGGGAGAGUUACGAGUUUUGCAGCGCUACAAGGAGACCACAGAAGAUGCCAUGAGCCGCGAAGUCGCAAGUAGAAAAACUGAGUAUAAGAACAAGGUGGCUGCCACUACGAAAUUGGAACAGUGUAUGAAGAAGUACGAGCGUGAAUGCGAAAAAGUCUACACGCUCGAGCGUGAAAAUACUUUUUUGAUGGAGCAGAUUUCUAACGUAAAAGGUGAGACCGAGAAGCGCUUAGACUUAUUGAAAGAAUUGGAGGAUUCUCAAAAGCGUUACGCUCGCUUAAAAGAAAAAUUACGCGAAAUGGAAGUUGUAAGUAUUGAGCAUGAAAACACGAUAUUGGAGCUCAAAGAGAAGAAUCACAAGCUAAAGCGUAAUGCGGCAAGAGCAGAAGAGGAGGCAGCAGAAAAAUCUGAAGAAGUCAAAAAUAUUGCUGUUCGACUGGCGGCUGUGGAGUCUGCGUGGGAAGCUGCUCGUGGCCAAAACAAAACUGCACUUCAUGAGCUUAAAAAAAAAGAAUCGCUUUCGAAAGAGCUUGAAAAUGUCAAAUCUGAGACCAAGCAUGCAAGCCAUCGAAUUCAUGCGCUUGACGUUGAGGUUGAGACGGCACAAAGUAAAUUACGGCAAAAAGAUCGAGCUAUUGAAGAAUUACGUGACAAAAACGCACAUUUGACGAAAGAACUUGCCCGUCUUACUGCUCGAAUGGACGAUCUCUCAGCUACUUUGAAAGCUACUCGCAAACUUAUCGAUGAAAAGGAUGCUGAAAUUGAGCGCAAGACGGAGCAGCUUCGAAGCAAAAAGACAGAAGUCAAGACACUUGAGCGAAUCGAUGACUCAUCAAAAGAUCGUAUUGAAGACCUUGUUUGCCAAGUAAGUGAGCUGCAACAAGAACUUUUUGAUGCCCAGAAAGAGUACCUUCGCAAGGUGAAUAAGGAUGAGCUUAUGCGCGAGAAGCAACUUGCACGCGAUCGUGCUGAGAUCUCCAAGGAGCUCGAAACAACGCACAAACCUCGUCGAUGCAAAAAUUGCAAUGAGACCUACACCAACAAGUCCAACACGUCGCUUUCGUGUUCAUACCACCCGGUGAUGAAUAACCUUGGACAAGAACUUGCACCUGAGCAGCGUAUUGUCGAUGUUUGUAAGGACAAUGAGAAAUUAACCAUCCAGUUGCAGCAAGCAGUAUCAGUGAACGAGGUCGGCACGCCCCAAUUUACAGAAUGGACAAUAAAUGCAUUUUUCCCUUCACAAAAGCGUCUUGAUACGAAAGAUGUUCAAGCUGACAUUGAAGCAAUUCCGCGAACUAUUUUGACACCAAAAGUUCCGAUAUCCGAAACGAAACUUAAAGAAGAUGAGAUCUCGUCUUCUGCGGACGACUUAAAAGAGUAUGUUCAUGCUGAAAUGCUACAUCAAGUAAAAUCAAGACAGUUCUUGUCGGAUAUGGAGAUGGAAGCUGCGUUUUUAUACGAAUGGAACCGCAUCCACUUUGAAGAGAUUGAUCAAGAAUCUUGCGAGCGUGAAAUCGUCCAAAAGUUGUUACUUUCUUGCUUUAAUAAGCUCAAUGCAGCGUAUAUGCAUUACGCUGUCGGUAGCAGUGAAGUCACAUACGGUAUGAAUGGUGCCGAGUUUGCUCAUUUUCUUCACGAAUGCGAGAUUGCAAAAGUGCACGAUGAAAAUGCUCAAAACCAUACGUCAUCAAGGGACUCUUUCUCGAGUCGGACUCUAAUUCUUCCCACUAUUACUCGGCUCACCAGCGGACCAUUUCGAGACCAUUUACAUCAGAAUAGACUGGUAGUAUUUAUUCAAGAAGCCAAGCCGAAGCUUAUUAAGGUAUAUGCCAAAUAUGCGCUUGAAUAUGCUCCGAAGCGAAAGACGAACGAUCAUCAUAAAGUGGGCGAAACUUCACUAGGUCGUCCAAUUUCGUCGACUUGGCCGCUCCUGCUUUCUGUGGUAGGAUUGAAAAGCAUGUUGUACGACUGUGGUAUGUUCUGCUCUGGCACACUUGAGGAACAGACAGCAUUAUUUGAUCGUGCUGUCGACCAAAGCUUUUCUGGCUGUCGUGAAGAGCAAUCGGUGGUCUUUUGUGAAUUUCUCGAGAUUAUUGCUCGCGUUGCCCUGAAUAUGUUGGGGGAUGAAAAUGAUUUGCCACCUCGAGACAUAAUUAAGCUUGCGGUCGAAGCUGUGCGGAGCCUGCCGCUUAAGUAG